AUGUCGCAGACCGCCGCCCCGAGUAAUGAUGGCCUAUCCGAGUUCCAUUUCAACCCCUCAUCUUCGUCGAAUUCCUUUACACAAGACAGCCCUACCAUCGGCCGGACACAGGCACAGCAUCCGCCUGCAUACUCGACGCCUUCGGCCACACGAAAGAGCAGUGGCCAUCACACCCCGUUGACCGGGUCCAGCCAGCGAUCGCAGCGUAGGCCGACACCAAGCCCUCUCCAUACUACCACUGCUGUGUCUCCCUCCUCGAGCAACGGGAGUCCUUCCUCGGCGUCCAACUCUUCGCCGGCGCAGAACUCCCCAGCCAGCAUCCCCCAGAUCGUGACUACGAGCCACGAGGAGCGCAAGCUCGCUGCCACACAGUCAUCUCAGCUCGAGACCACAUACUACGAUAGCGACUCUUCGGCGCCGUCUACGCCGGUCGAGAAGAACACAAGGUUGGUUCUCUCCCCCUCUCACCGUGAUUACUGUCAGUGGAGCAUCCUGCCUAACCUCUCCUGCUGCAGUGCGGCCUACCCUUCUCGACUCCCGAAUGACAGCUCCAGGAGCGUCUCCGAUCCCGUGGUGACCUCCAGGCCUCUAGGGGCAUCGACCCUCGCCUCGUCCCAAAAGAAUAUGCCGGGACCUGCGGCCUCGCGGGUCGAGGGCUCUGGCCCGAUGCGCAACUCAUCGAUCGAUUCUGCCAUCUCGGCACUGUCAUCCAGUUCACAUUCGCACAAGAACUCACAGGAUGGCCAGUCCCAGAAGCCCGUGGAUGUGGCAAGCCUGAUCAAGGCAGCUGGCAGUGCCGAGGCCGUCAUCCAGUACCUCCUGAAGGAGAAGCAAUCACAAUCCCAACAGAAUGCCCAACUAUGGCGGCUAGUUGACAAGCAACGAGCUAUGAUUCUGGGGCUCAACAAAGAUCUGGAGAGGGCCUUGAAAGACAAGGAAAAAUAUCGCAAGAAGCUCAAGGAAUUCGUUGCUGCGCAGGAUGUACCGCCCCUGCCCGCGCCUGUAGUGGCACCCGCUGCCGCGGCAGCUCGCCCGGCAGGUGAGCCAGCCGCGCCGCGAGAGCAGGUCCUGGAAGUGCCAAUCUCCCCCAUUAUCGGGUCCGAUGGGCAGAAGCAUUCGCCCAUCGACAUGGCCCUGGCGCCCUAUCCCAUCACUCCGCCCGCCGACCAGAUGGCCGGCCCGGCAUCGGCCGUCGGUCAGAUGCUUGACCCCUCCCACGCCAUGCCUAAGCCUCAGGAACAUGCUCUCGACCAGUACGAUCAUGAGGCGCAGGAUCGCGAGGCCGAGGCAGCCCGCAAGGCUGCAGACGCGUCCAAGGAUCUGCCCCUGAGCAUCACGCUCCCCUCAUCGCGAAGCCUGCCAGGAAAUCCGCCCCAGAUGCCCCCGCCGAGCCUACCUCCGGCGCCUUCUCACCAAGCCGCCGCCCCAAGUCCUACAACCAGCAUCAACGAAGGGCUGGCGCAAUUUCCACCACCACCUGCUCCCCCACCGCGGAAACCGCCACCUGCACCCUUGCAGCUCAGGACCGAGGCCCGCAGCCCGACUAUUCCGCCGGAUGAGGGCGUCGAGAGCGAGAGCGACUAUGAUGACCUCUUGGAGGUCGAGGAGAUUACCAUGACAGAAAAGCGCGGCCGGCGACGCACCCGCGAGGAGGACGAUCGCAUGCGCGAGGUCUUGGCUAUGGAAGAGGCCGAGGCCCGCAGCCUCUCCAAGAAGAGUAAGAAGAGCGCCAGCGCCAAGGGGACGCCCAAAUCGGCCGUUCCUGCGCCGGAGCCAGCAGAAACAGACCCAAGCGUCCGGCUCGCACCCCCGCCAGUGCUGCAGCGCAGCAAUAUACCCGCCUCGCUGGCGUCGGUACUUAGCGGCGGCGACCUCGGCUACGGGGGCCUGUCGUUGCUGAGCCCCGGUCUUCCCGCCAGCCCUCGGCCGCCGGGCCUGCCCUCUUCGCCCAUGCAGUCGCCGCCGCUCUCUCCGAGAGGUGUCGGGGGCAUCCCGCCCGCGCCGCUGUCCCCUCGACCCCCGCGUCAGCCGAUCCCCCUUCCACCCAACACGCCUCUGCAAACUCCUUCCCCGGCCAACGCCGCUGAGCCUCCUAUACUCACGUCCCCGAAACCGCUCAACAUUGUCAAAAAGGUCAUCGAGGUCGGUGAUGCGCCAAGUCUGUCCGAUGGCGGUAGCAGCCGCGAUAGUCCAAUCGGGCGAACCAAGGUGUACAAGGGCCUCGUCACGGAGGAGUACCCAGAUCUGCUCCUGCCACCCAAUGCCCUCCCGUCCAUCGACAUCAAGGUGGCUUCCUCGCGCAUGAAGCCUUCGCGCGCGAGUCUCCUCUCCUUCACACAGCUAGAGGAGGACCCGGUGUUUACGCUGGCCAUCUUUUCACGUGCUGACGGUGGCGAGCUCUGGCGCGUUGAGAAAGACUCGGCGUCGCUGGCUAAGCUCGAUCAGAGGCUGAAGCAGUGCCCUGCCUUCACGGCCAAGACCCCUGACCGGUCCCUCUUCAGCGGUCACGCGCCCGCCAAGCUCGACGCCCGCAGGCUGGCUCUCGACUAUUACCUCGACGAGCUGCUCAACACGCCACUCGACCAGGCCACCGCGCUCGAGCUGUGCCGCUACCUGUCCCACAACACCCUGCCGCCCUACGCGGAUGAGACCGGUGGUUCUGCGGAACAGGCAUCUAGCUCUAGCGAGCCGAGCACGACCAGUGUCGGUCCCGGCGGUCGGCCUUUCAAGAACGGCUACCUAACCAAGCGCGGCAAGAAUUUUGGAGGCUGGAAAGCCCGCUUCUUUGUUCUCGAUGGGCCCCAGCUCAAAUACUACGAGACGCCUGGUGGUGCACACCUUGGCACCAUCAAAUUGCAGAAUGCCCAGAUUGGCAAGCAGGCACAGGCACAGCAGAACGACAACUCGUCACCAGCGCGAGGCGCCGGCACUGACGACUCGGACAACCAAUACAGGCACGCCUUUUUGAUCUUGGAGCCCAAGAAGAAGGACCCGUCGGCAAUGACGAAGCACGUCCUGUGCGCCGAGAGCGAUCGUGAGCGGGAUCAAUGGGUUGACACGCUGCUUCGGUGGAUCGACUACCGCGACCCUGACGAUGAGGACGCUGCACGCAAGGACCACGACCGUCAGGGCUCCGCUGCUUCUGAGCGUGCCCCUGCAAGCAGCAAAAAGAAGCAUUCUUCAAGCAAAAAGCCACAGCAGCAACAACAACAGCAGCAGCAGCAGGCUACCUCCUCUGACACGCUCAUCAGCGUCAGCUACGACGCCGCACAACAGGGCGACGCGCCUCAGGGCGUCCCGACGCGCCAGCAGCGGGGUGGACAGGCGCCUCACGAUGACGAUCAGGGCCGCAACAUGGCGCCACAACCAUCGUACGCCAUCUCGGCGCCCCGCGACCCACAGGUCAUCCCGGACUCGGCCUCGUGGGGCUCCAGGGUGGGCGGCCUGGCGGCUCCCAGCACCGAUGAGAAGAAGGUCAGGAAGCGCAGUUUCUUUGGCUUCGGUCCCAAGGCCCGCUCCUCCAGCGAUGGGCAGGAUUCGCUUUUUGGUGACUCGAAUGGCGGACUCUCCAGCACGCCGCCUCAGGGCGGUGUCGUCGUCGGCGGCCCCGUGCGCCAGGUGUUUGGCGCACCGCUGGCCGAGGCAGUGCGCUACAACUCACCCGUCGACGUCAGCGUGCCGCUACCGGCUGUCGUGUACCGCUGCAUUCAAUACCUCGACGCUAAGAACGCCAUCUCGGAGGAGGGCAUCUUCCGUCUGAGCGGCUCCAACGUGGUCAUCAAGCAGCUGCGCGAGCGCUUUAACAAUAACAGUGACAUCGACCUCUUGGCCGACGAGACGUAUUACGACAUUCACGCUGUUGCGUCACUGCUGAAGCUGUACCUGCGUGAGCUGCCGACCACAAUCUUGACGAGGGACCUGCACAUGGAGUUCCUUUCGGUCACCGAGAUGACGGGCCAACGGGAGAAGCUCGCGGCACUCAACGAGCUCGCCCAGCGGCUGCCGCUUCCCAACGCGACGCUCCUCAAGUACCUCAUCUCCUUCUUGAUCAAGAUCAUCAACAACUCGGACAAGAACAAGAUGACGGUCCGCAACGUGGGCAUUGUCUUCUCGCCCACGCUGAACAUCCCGGCCCCGGUCUUUGCGAUGUUCCUGCAGAACUACGAAGCUAUCUUCGGCAUCGAGCCCGAGCAGUACGAGCUACCGUCGCCGACCUCGGACAAGGACUCGUACGGCCGCCCGUCAGUUGACCCGCUGCCCCGGCCCCCGACGUCACAGGCGAGCGAGUCUCCGCACCGGCAACGCCUGAUGGACGCGGUCAAGAGCGGCCAGCGCAGCAGCCCGACGCCCCCGCCAGCGCUCGUCGCCGGUGUAUCGCACUACAACCAGCCGCGCCCGGCACAACAGACGCCGCCGCCGCAGCGGCAGCUCAGCUACGAGCCGCAGUAUCUCGCGCAGCAGAACGCGGCCGGGUCGCACAUCUCGCUGCGGCCGGCCUAUGAGAGCGGCUUUGUUGUACCGCCGGGCUACGACCCCACGCAGGCGCCGCCCCAACACGUGCAGCAGCCGCUGGUGGGGAUGGUGGCCCCGCGGGCGAACCCGGGGUACGACAGGCCCAUCUACGAGGGCGGCGGCGGCGGGGGUUACGACAACGCGUACGCUCCCUCCGCCAAGGCGAGCCGCCGCGAGAGCGGCCUGUUUAUGGGCAAUGGCGUCGGCGGGCUGAGUCAGCAGGGGUCGAGGAGCCGGCUGCGAGAGGAGAGUCACUAUUAG